AUAAAAUAAAAAAGUAUGGGUUGUUGUUGUGGUUCAAGUGAAAAUAGAGAAAUAAAUAAUUAAGGAGGUCAUGAUUCAAGAAGAAUGCCUAGGGCAAUAGAAAGAUAAUAAUAGAAUGUAAAUGCAAUUUAGGAUGUGAAUGAAUAAUAUAAAAUAUAUUUUGAUAUAUUGGAAUAGUAGUUUAGUGGGAAAGGUUUAAAGAGAACAUUAGCAUAUAAAAGUCAUAUAAAUAUAGGUUAAAUAGAGAAAUUAAGGAAUGUAUUUUGGGGUAAGUUAUGAUAUAUAUAAUUGAUUUAAGAAACGAGAGUAGAGGGGAGACAAGAGAUCUGGUAGAUUUUAAGAUCAAUAAUUAAUGAGGAAGAAGGUAUUAUAUAAAAAGAAUUUUAGAAACUGCUAGAUUUUUAGUAUAGGAAGCUGAAUUGAAACCAAUAAAGGAUUCAUUAUAACAUGUAUAUGAUAAAUUAGGAUAAAAAUAUGAUGUUCCAAUAUUUUGUAUAAAUGAUCCAAUAGAAUAUUCAGAUGAGAAAUUUGAAGAUAGAGGUUUAAUUGAAAAUAAUGGUGAUGAAACUGUAAAAUUAUUGAUAAGAAGUGUACAUUUGAAUGGUAAGGAUAUGGAAAUAGAUUGUAAAUAAAGUCAGAGUGUUGUAGAUUUAAAAGAUAUAAUAUGUGUAGAAUUACAGAAGAGACAUGAAAUUGCAUGUGAAUCAAUGAAAUUAUUUUAUAGAGGGAAAGAGAUGCAGGAUUCGUAUUAGAUAGGAAGAUAUAAUUUAAUGAAUGAAGCCAUAAUAAUUGGUUAUUUGAAAGUACUAUCUAAGACAUGA